AUGGGGGACUUUAAUGUUGUUGCUAGAAGCUCUGAACGAGUGGGGUCGUUUGAUGCUACUGCUGCUGCUGAAUUUCGUAAAUGCUUGUUUAAUAUUAAUAUGAAGGAUUUGAUUACUAGGGGAGCUUGGUUUACCUGGUCCAACAGACGGGGUGGUGGAGGUGCAAAUAUGAGUAGGAUCGAUAGAGUUGUGGUUAAUGCUGCUUGGAUGGAUGCUUUCCCUGAAGCUGAAGCUUUAGCUCAUUAUCCAGUAGUUUGUUGCAAAAAGCCUUUUCGGUUUUUUAACUUUUGGAUGAAGCAUCACAAGUUUAAGAGUUUGGUGUCUGAUUCUUGGGUUCAGCCUGUCUCUGGGUCUGCUAUGUUACGAUUAUCUUUGAAACUCAAACGGUUGAAACCUGUUCUCUGGGACUUAAAUGCAAACUGUUUUUCCAACAUUUCUGGGAGAGUGGGGGAUGCUAGGCAGACUAUGGAAACCCUUCAAGACCUGUGUAACCAGAAUAUUGGGGAUGAUAAUCUUAGGUUUCAAGAGAAAGAGGCUGUUAGGGUGUUUAUGGAGUUGAGUGUUGCUGAGGAGUCUUUUAAAAAACAAAAAUCAAGGUGCGGCUGGAAAAGCCAGAAGAGGUCUAGGCUGAGAUUUUUGCAAUUCUAUAAAGGUUUGUUGGGCACUAGAUUUAUGCAUAAACAAGAUGCUAAAGCUUGUCUUCAACAAGUCAUAAAGAAGAAGGUGCCUAUUUCCUUGCAUGAGGAGUUAAUCAAAUCUGUUACUGUUGAAGAGAUUCAGAAUGCUCUUCGCUCCAUAAAGGGGGACAAAGCUCCUAGCCCUGAUGGUUAUUGCUCUAGUUUUUUUCAGCAGAAUUGGGAGAUUGUGGGUCAAGAUUUGGUGGAUGCUGUUUUGUUGUUCUUUGAAAAAGAAUUCUUGCUUCGAGAGUGGAAUUCUAUUGCUCUCACUUUGGUUCCAAAGACCCCUAGCCCUUCAUCUGUCAAAGAUUAUAGGCCCAUUGCUUGUUGCAAUCUGGCAUAUAAAGUGAUUUCUAAAAUCUUGGCUAAGCGGAUGCAAGGUACUCUAGAUCAUGUUAUUAGUUCUGCUCAGUCUGCUUUUGUCAAAAGAAAGAGUAUUGUAGACAAUGUGUUGCUCAUGCACGAGCUAAUAAGGAAUUAUCAUAGGGAUGAAGGCCCACCGUGA